UAGUUAGCUGGCUAGCUUCUGAAGUGGGUUCUGGUUCAAAAGUAGGAAAAAUAGCAGAUCCAUACCACAUUGGGUGAGGUGGGUUGCAGGAGAGUAUGUUCAGUCCGUAGUUGGAAAUGAAAAAUAUGUACAAAUUAUAUACAAAGAAUACGAUAUAGAUGAGACAUUUUCAGCUGCCCCUUUAAGGUUACUGUGGUAACGGGGCCAUUCCAGUCAUCACGUGCAGUGCCUGUGAGAAUCUGAGGGACGGGACAAGUUAAAGCGGAUCACUUUUGGUCAAGUAAUUGACACCACCUUUCAGAGUGUGUUGCAUUAUGGUUAUAAAAAUUGUCCGGCUUGCGACUACAUGUCGACUCCAUGAACUUUACAAAAAUCAUGAAGUUGCUUCUCACCAACGGCACCAUGCAGCAGCCAUCACCUGCAUUGUGUGGGGCACAAUUUGCCUAAAUGCAUUAUGGUGCGUUUGUUUGACUCACAUAUUGUUUGUAGCAGGCCUGUCCUUUGUCAUCGGCUUGGAGCGUACCUUCAAAUUCUUCUUCCAGAGACACAAAUUUAAAGCCACAAGUUUCUUCCUGGGAGGGGUGCUGGUGGUUCUGAUUGGCUGGCCUAUCAUUGGAGUGGUGCUGGAGAUCUAUGGAUUCUUCCUCUUAUUCAGGGGCUUCUUCCCAGUGGCAGUAGGCUUCAUCAGGAGGUUGCCUGUCCUCGGGUCCAUACUGAACCUCCCAGUGAUUAGUGGAUUUGUGGACAAAGUCGGCGAGAGCAACAAUAUGGUAUAACAGUGAACAUCUUUGGAUUGGAGGAUAUGAAAUGGCUUUACUCUAUUUAUAAUAGUUUAUAUUGGUGACUUUUCUCUACUGGUCAACUACUGGCCAAGACUACCCCCAUGUUAAAGGUCAAAGCUGUGAAUCAGAAACCUCUUUCUGUUCAAAGGAAAACAAUGUUUCUUUGGGCAGGCAUAUGAAUACAACUGGUAUCGUAAAGUUUCCUUUGACGGAAAUGGUCUCAUAACCUGGUUGCCAUCGAUGGACAAUUGUUACCAAGGGACUACUUUAUUUCAAGGCCCAAUGGGUGAAUUGGGCCCUUUUUGUGUCACUACCCGUUCCUGAUCGACUGAUUAUGAUGAUUGACGUGACUGAACCAACCACUGGAUUGGACAUCGCUAAGGAGGAGAAGUCUUGAAUCUGUUACAGCAGUCUUUCUUCUAGAAUGUUGUUCUGGAAUGUUGUCUGUACAGUCAGAGAAGUGUUUUGGUUACCUUGAUGAAGAGUUUCUGGAAUUUUUGUAUGGCUGUUUAGAGUUGUGUUACACCUGGGUACUGUUCAGGAGGAUGUAGCUUUACAGAACAUUCCGAUAUUGUGUAGAACAGAUAUGAUUGUCAGAUAGUGAAUUAUGUCAGCUGUAUUUACUCCAUUUCUAUCUGCAAUGUUCAGAAUGUUUUGCAUCAUUAAAUACUAAGCUGUUGAAGAUGAAUUGCCCUGUGCGCACAACGGGUCACAAAUGGGUACAUUCAUUUAAGCUAGUCCAGGACACUAGGUGAGUUGAAUUUACACAAUUUAAACUAUUCCUUCCUAAAGUGAAAAUGUCCACCCACCUGGGGCACUGGGCGAGCUAAAACGAAUGCAUCCAAUGCUACAGAUGUCUCCACAACCCAGAUAUUGAUGGUCUCACAGCAGCUGGGGUUUGUCACUUUCUACUUAAUGUAUUAAGAGGUCUGUCAGAGAGAAGUUUUACUCAAAUGUAUCUUUUGUAAAUACAUACUUGAAAUAGUGUGUUUUAAAAACAAA